CUUACUGUCUUCUCACAUCCUCAUUCACAGCUUCACCUCCUUCACCCUCUCACUUCAUUGUUUAUUCACUCCAUCUCACCACUGGAUGAUCAGCUCAGCAGUCACCAUGACGACCAGGGCCGUCCUACUUCUGACUUUAUUCGUGCUGAAUCUCCUGAUUCCUGCGUCCUCUGUUGGUAAUCAAACAAUGCAGAACAACACCUCCUCUGCUCCCCCAAACAACACAGAACCUACUGAAGCUCCACACUCUUCAUCUACAUGGACUCAGAUGUCAGCCACCACUGUACCACCUACAUCAUCUUCAUCACAGUCCACAGCAAAAACCAACCGACCUCACCUCUUGAGCACCACACCACAGACCACACACACAACCGCUUCUGCUCCCUAUUACUCUAAAUCCAAGUUCAUUAUUCUCAUGACUCUGUUUUCCAUCAUUGUGUUGAUGCUGCUUGUGGGAUGCCUCCACUUCAUGUGGGGCAGGUGGUCAGGUCGGGAAAGCUCCGUGCCCAGGUUCCUUCAGGGUGUGAGUGAGAGGCUGACCACCGCAGUCGGAAACCUGGAGGACCGGAUGGGGCUCCACCUGUGGCAAGGGGGGAAGCGAGGUGGUGAGGAAGAUGAAGAAGAGGCACAGGGAAGACAGGAAGAGGAAGGAGGACAGAGAAGUGACGAUGGGGGAGAAGGAGGUAGUAGUGGAGUUAGGUAUGAAGAAAAGGGGGAAGACGAGGAAGACAGCGAUACUUCAGAUGACUAUUCCAGUAUGGAGGGGGAGAACCUGAGGGAGAGGGCACUGAACAGACAGGCGGACGAGGAGGAUGAAGACAGUGAGGAAACGGGUGAUGCGAGCGAGAGACACCACAGCGCUGUAGAAGGAGAGAGCAGUGGAGACAAACCAGGAGGUUCAGAGGAGACGGCACUGGUCGACUCUCCACAGGAGGAUGAUGAUGUCACUGCGCUGUAGUGAUACACAGCACUGAAAGAUACCAGGAUUAAAAAUGAUCAAAUUUAACAGGAGCUUGAUGGUGAUAGUUUUUACUGAAAGCUGAAGGUUUGAAUGCUGCAGUUCCUUAAACAGUAGGUUAAAGAUGUAUCUUUCAUUUUCUAUAUCAAUACUCUGUAUAACGAAUGGGAGUAGUCAGUGUGUGUUUAAUGAUCUUCAAAUAAACU